AACUCGGUUACCAGUUUCAAAAUGGUGGCAAUGUUUUCGUCGGGAUUUGGAAGCACGACAACAAGAUUUAUUAUUUUCUUUACGUACGCUUUGUGCGCACAGUGAAGCGAAAUUUCGCCGAGCAGCUCUGCUUCAAUCAGCGCGGAGCAUCUGCGGGUGUUACUGACGCUGUAGACCGAGCCAGCGGGCUCCGAGCGUACGAUGUUCGACUAGCGCUGGGGGCCUCGCAGCCCCGCCGCGAUUGCACUUAGGCUUAGCAGGGGCGCUAAGUGGUCCGUGCACGGCAGUCCCGAAAACAUCGUCGUAGCAUCCCGCGUACGAGACGUCAACGAAGAAGCGAAAAGUUUCUGGUACGAAGUGUCGACCACGGACCGUUGCGCCUUCGUUGAGGCGGCCGUGCUUGCAACGGUGGCUCGCUUCCCGCUUCCGAGGUGCGUCUUUUGCUCAGAACGUUGGGUCGCAUCGUGAAUCUACAGUGUCGUGAUGCCUUGAUACCGUUCCUCUCCCGCGGCUACGUGAACUGAAGAUCAGUAGGGUACAGCGAGCAUCAUGUCGAUAAAUGAGUCGAACCUUGUGAAGAAGUUGACCUCUGUCACCAACACGCAAGACAGCGUGCAGACGCUUUCGCUAUGGAUCAUCCACCAUCGAGCGCAUCACAGAAAGAUUGUGGACAUCUGGACGAAAGUACUGAAGAAAUCUAAACCUGUUCACCGGCUAACCAUGCUGUACUUGGCCAACGAUGUGCUUCAAAAUGGCAAGCGGAAAGGUGUCCAGCAGUUUAUCGACUCUUUCCGUGACGUCCUUCCCGAGCAGACGCCCCUGUUUCGAGAUGAGCGCAUUGCUAAGCAGGUGGAGAGGGUGUUCAGCAUUUGGGCUGAGCGCUCUGUUUUUUCUUCAGACUUCACAAAGAGCCUCAAGGAAAUCUUACAUGAAUCAAAGCACUCAAGCUCCCACCACCGCUCAGGCUCAAAACGAGAGUUAUCUAGUGAUGAUGGUACCAAAUUGUCUAAAGAGCCGGAGAAGAAAGAAAGUGGCAAGCCCAAAAAUCCAGAGGUGGAAAGGAUUAUUCUGGAGUUCAAGCCGGAAAAAGCCAUUGAGAAGAUCAAGAAAAUAAAAAAGAUUGAGAUUGAGACGUCCACUAAGUUGUCAAACCUGACCAGUCGCAACAUGGAUGUGUCAAGCUCAGAAGUUUUGAGGAAGUUUAAAGAUCGCAGUCACGGACAGCAGUUCCAGAAGGACUUUGAUGAAGCGACCCGGUGCCUAGAGGAGUACAUCAAAGCUUUGGAGAAGGAGGUGUCGGAGCGUACCGAGCUGAUCAGCAUGCUGGAAGAUGCUAAGGUCUACUAUGACAGCCAGAAUGGAGAGGCUCGGAUCGUGGCCUCAGCAUACAAGAACUUUGGCAAUCGAGUGAAAGGACUGAAGAAGAAGCUGGAGGCAAAAACAAAGACGCUGCCAAGCCCGGUGCCAUCACCUACACCAGAUGCACCUUCUCCAACGAACUCGGAUGAUGGCUUGCAGUUACCUGCAAUACAGGAGACAGCUGAAUAUUCAGCACCUGAUGUAGAGGCUCCGCUUAUGACGGACAAUGGUGCUGUGAUUGAUUCACCCUGCUCGGCUCCAUCGCCCGGCUCGGCACCAUCACCUGAGGGUUCCCCUGUGGGUCUGAGCCCUGUGGUCCCAGGAACUGGGGACUCGGGCACAACCAGCAAUGCUACUGGCAAUGCUACGGCACUCAGCAGCUUCAUGUCCCAAAGCCCAACAGUGCUCUCGUCGUGGCUGGAUGCUUUCAACCAAGAAUUCCAGGAGAACAGGGCUGCUCCCACAGCAGUGAAUACAUCAACUCUUACUGCUGCUAUUCCAGCACAAAGCACGCUCGAGAGCAGGCUCUCAAACCUGAUGCAAAGCAUGGGCCACAUACCUGGCGGGCUGUUCUCGUCCACGAGUUCUGCCAGCAACACUCCCAAACGGGCCGACUCUCCUCCUUACUCUGCAGCAGUCUUUCGGCCAAGUGCUGCGGUGUCUGAGGUCCAUAGUGGCAACACGCCCCUCAAGGACGAGAACAGUGGACAGGGGACGCCCGUGCUUGAUGAGAAUACUGCGAGAAAAGUCGCGUCGCUCAUGGACUCAGACAUGCGGGUUCACGCAGUAAAACCCGUUACGCCACAAGACUCUCCGGAUGCAAGACUAAGCACUCCCUUUGGAUCCAGAAUACCAAGUCUCGCAAGCCCAAAGGCAUGGAUGCCAAUGUCACCGAAAGCAGGCAGCAGCAACGCGGCAGCAUCACAGGGUGCUCCUGCCCUAGCUCCACCACCGAUCCCGCCUGCCCUUCAGGCCUACCUGGAGCCGAUCAAAACUGUGACUGGGGCAGCUAACAGAAGCGUUGCUGCCGCUCCAAAGGGAAGGUCAGAGACGCCACCAUCACCAUCGGCAGACUACCUGAUCCCAGUUGCAGAGAACUUUGACGUGACCGACAUGGAGCUUGAUGAGGAUGGCUCUGGUGAUGAUGAGCAUUCAGAAGGCCUGCACCGCAAGAAAACAAGCAAUCUCAUCACACUAGUCCAACCGCAGGUGAGCCCUGUUGCUGAAACUUCUUCACCUGACUCCACGUGCAGCGAAAGGAAUGAGGACGCUAGGCCGCAGCUGGAUACGCCUACCCAGCCUGCAGUUGUGACAUCAGCAUUAAAACUUACGCCCUCAUUGGCUAGUCAGGAUGAUACAAGGCACAUGCGUAACCCUUCCCCUGAUCUCGAAAAGGAAGACGUGGAUUUUCCUGCACAAAAGACGCCAUCGGAGCCUCGCCGUUGCGAAUCCACCGACUUUGCUGUAAAGGAGUCAUCCAAGUUUAAUCUUCGGGACUCGGUCGACUUUGAUGCUCGAAAAUCUACCGAGUUUCGCCUUCUUGAAUCCUCCGAUUACACGACAAGAGAACGCUCUGAAUUUCGAGUGCGUGAGUCUUCGUCGUCGUCGGAAUUUCAUAUGCGAGAGUCACCGUCAUCGGAGUACAGGAUGAGUGAACCACCAUCGUCGGAAUUUCGCAUCCGGGACUCAUCUUCAGAGUUUCAAAUUCGGGAUUCUCCAUCUUCAUCAGAAUUUCAAGUGCAUGACUCCUUUUCCUCAGACUUUCAUGCAACACCUGCCAAGAUUGAGACUGUCCAAAUGCGCUCCUCACUAGACCGGUCACCACCUCUGGGGCCCAUGGAAGAUCGAGGCACGUGGGAGCGCGGCGAUUACUAUUCUCCCCGGGCAGCGCAUCAUCAGCCACAGCAGCAGCAAGCUAUGAGCAACGGCGGCAACCGCAUGCGUGGCAGAAGCAGUGGUUACUAUGGCUAUGAAAUGCGUGGCAGACCGGUGGACCGUUAUCACGAGGGCUAUGGUGCCUACGAGUCAGAAUGGCAUGGAGGCAGGCCCCCUAGCCCACGAUAUCGGCACUACGGUGGUCAAGCACGCGGUGCACCCUAUUUCCAGCCAAGAUACUGAGCGGGACAAGGCGUGUAACGCCGUGAACGCGGUCGUCGUGUUUCUUUGGCAUGGUGUACAUAGCACAUAGAAAGUGAGCAGGUCAAUCCUGCAGUCGUCGAGCCUGUGGCAUGACUGUCUAGUACCUCGAUUUUUCACAGAGGGACGCGUUUGGAGCAAGCUGCAAGGAACAUGUUCAGCACGCAACUGUUUCGUAGAGAAAAUGCAAGAAACAUUGGUGGGAGUUUGACACUCAAGGUGCCCAUGCCCACAUCGACGUUUGCAGCAUGUGAGUGAGAAUUGUCACGGGCUGAUGUGUAAGACGUCGGGAUGUCCUUUUUUUUUCAUCAGCACAUCUAUGCUUAUUUCACAGCAUGAUGUGUGGGUUACAAAGGAUGCAUUCAUUUUCAGCAAGGCAUUGUUGAGACGAGAUGUAGCUUUUGGCUCACCAUCUGCUGCCGCCGCAUUCAUCACCACUGUCAUGUCAUACUUGUGCAAUGCAGUUGCAUAAAGAGUACAAUUUGAAGUUCUUGAAGGCAACCGAGGCAUGCACUUCGUGCCCGGAAGAAAAUACAGUUUUCUUUCCCGUUU